ACACAUGAUGUAGCGGCAAACAUGUCUGCUUGUAAAGUCAAAAACGUUAGCCAAAAUGUCUUAAUGUGGGGAUGAUACAUGUUCCACUUAUUUAAAAUUGAAGGUGUCGUAUAUUUAUAUCAUUCCUAAUUAUUGGGUGACAACUGAACACCAUGACGUCCAUUAUUAAGCUGACAGCCGUAUCGGGGGUUGAGGAGGAGUCAGCCCUUUGUUAUAUGCUGCAGGUGGAUGAAUUUCGCUUCCUCUUGGACUGUGGCUGGGAUGAGAAUUUCUCAAAUGAUGUCAUUGACGCAUUGAAAAGAUAUGUUCAUCAGGUUGAUGCUGUGCUUAUCUCACACCCUGACCCCAUACAUCUGGGAGCUCUGCCAUACGCUGUGGGAAAGUUGGGCCUGAACUGUACUAUCUAUGCCACAAUUCCUGUGUACAAAAUGGGUCAGAUGUUCAUGUAUGAUCUAUAUCAGUCUCGGAACAACAGUGAGGAUUUCACACGCUUCACACUUGAUGAUGUGGAUUCUGCUUUUGACAAAAUCCAACAGCUGAAGUAUUCUCAGAUUGUCAACUUGAAAGGGAAAGGACAUGGUCUUUCCAUAACUCCACUUCCAGCUGGUCACAUGAUUGGAGGGACAAUAUGGAAAAUUGUGAAGGAUGGCGAGGAGGAGAUUAUUUAUGCUGUGGAUUUCAAUCACAAGAGAGAGAUUCAUUUGAACGGCUGUACGUUGGAAACCCUUAGUCGUCCUUCCUUGUUUAUCACAGACUCCUUCAAUGCUUCAUAUGUACAGCCCCGCCGCAAACAAAGGGAUGAGCAGCUCCUUACCAAUGUGAUGGAGACCCUCCGUGGUGAUGGAAAUGUCCUUCUUGCUGUGGACACAGCUGGCCGUGUGUUGGAACUGGCUCAGCUUUUGGACCAAAUUUGGAGGACAAAGGAUGCUGGGUUGGGAGUCUACCCGCUCGCCCUUCUUAAUAAUGUCAGCUACAACGUGGUGGAGUUCUCCAAGUCCCAGGUGGAGUGGAUGAGCGAUAAACUCAUGAGGUGUUUUGAGGACAAGAGAAACAACCCUUUCCAGUUUCGUCACCUGACCCUCUGCCACAGUCUUUCGGACCUGGCCCGUGUACCCAGUCCUAAGGUGGUGCUUUGCAGCCAGCCAGACCUUGAGUCUGGCUUUUCUCGAGAGCUGUUUAUCCAGUGGUGCCAAGACGCCAAAAAUUCAAUCAUCCUAACCUACCGUACUUCACCUGGAACCCUGGCCCGCUACCUUAUUGACAAUCCCGGAGAGAAGAUGCUCGAUCUAGAGGUGAGAAAAAGAGUAAAGCUUGAAGGCAAGGAGUUGGAAGAAUUUCUUGAAAAAGAGAGACUGAAAAAAGAAGCAGCGAAAAAACUUGAACAAGAAAAAGAGGUGGAUGUGGACUCCAGCGAUGAGAGUGAUGUGGAUGAUGACCUGGAUCAGCCAGCUGCUGUGAAAAUUAAACACCACGACCUGAUGAUGAAGUUAGAAGGGAGUCGUAAAGGCAGUUUCUUCAAACAAGCUAAAAAGUCUUACCCCAUGUUUCCCAUACAUGAAGAAAGAGUCAAAUGGGAUGAAUAUGGGGAAAUAAUCAGGGUAGAAGACUUUCUGGUUCCUGAACUGCAAGCAACAGAGGAGGAGAAAAGUAAACUGGAAUCUGGGUUGACCAAUGGUGAUGAGCCUAUGGACCAGGACCUUUCUGUUGUCCCAACCAAAUGCAUCUCCAGUGUAGAAAAUCUUGAAAUUAGAGCCAGGGUAACAUACAUAGACUACGAAGGCCGCUCUGAUGGCGAUUCUAUAAAAAAGAUCAUUAAUCAGAUGAAACCCAGACAGCUGGUGAUCGUUCACGGGUCUGCAGAAGCCAGCCAGGAUUUGGCUGAUUCCUGCAGGGCUUUCAGCAAGGACAUCAAAGUCUACACUCCCAAACUGCAGGAGACUAUAGAUGCCACGAGUGAGACACACAUCUACCAGGUGUGGUUGAAAGACUCCUUGGUGAGUUCUCUGCACUUCUGCAAGGCCAAAGACACAGAGCUGGCAUGGAUCGAGGGGGUGUUGGACAUGCGCGUUGUGACUGUAGACACGGGGGUGAUGCUGGAGGAGGGUGUGAAAGAGGACGCUGAGGAUGGUGAGCAGUCUAUGGACACUGCCCCUGAGCUUGGCAGUGACAACAGCGCCACACAAGUGGCAACACAGCACGCCAUGAAGAACCUGUUUGGAGAGGAUGAGAAAGAGCCGUCUGAAGAGAGCGACGUCAUUCCCAGCCUGGAGCCACUGCCACUACAGGAGAUUUCAGGGCAUCAGUCUGUGUUCAUCAACGAGCCACGCCUGUCAGACUUCAAGCAGGUUCUGCUGAGAGAGGGAAUCCAGGCUGAGUUCGUGGGAGGAGUGCUGGUUUGCAAUAACAUGGUGGCCGUCCGCAGGACGGAAGCUGGGCGUAUCGGUCUGGAAGGCUGCCUGUGCCAUGAUUACUACAAGAUCAGAGAUUUGCUCUAUCAGCAGUAUGCUGUGGUGUAAUGUGCCGCCUCAGUACAGACUGAACCCAGACACCUUUGCCCUGUGGGUGGCUCCAGCUGUUCCACUCAAAACAUUGUACUUUUUCUACUUUUGGUCAUGGUUGUUAUUAUUUUUAUUUGCCUGUUUACCUUUGUGACUUGAAGUGUAGAUGCUGGACAGUCUCCUUAUCGCCGUGCCCACCCUACUGUACAGUAGUUCUUAUGAAAUGUUUGGAUUCCUCAUCUCACAAUCUCAUUAAAACAAUAUCUUUCAAAUAUG